AUGGCAGAGAAUCAAGCAGGAAGCCAUGUGCUUGCCAACAUGGCAACAGUAUCAGCUCCUUCUGAGUUUAAUUUCUCCCUUCCAGGAUCAUGGAAUCAGUGGAAAAAGAGGUUAGAAAGAUAUAUGUCGGUUAGUGGUUUUAUAAACAAACCAGAAGCUGAAAAAAUUGAUAUGCUAGUGUAUCUAAUGGGGGCAGAAGCAGAGGAAAUUAUAACUCAAUUUAAUCUAACACCCGCACAGCAAGUAUAUAGUAUUAUUAUCGAGAAGUUUGACGCUCAUUUUAUACCCCAAAAGAACGUAAUAUUUGAACGAUUCAAGUUCAACACACGUAGUCAACAGCCAGGGGAGUCGGUGGAUGCAUAUAUCACUGCACUUCAUAGCCUGGCAGAGCAUUGUAGUUAUGGGGCUCUAAAAGAUGAGUUAAUAAGAGACCGCAUAGUAGUAGGAGUUUUAGAUGUAAAAGUAAGUGAGAGGUUACAACUCCAAAAGAACCUAACAUUAGGGGAAGCUGUAUUAACAGUACGUCAAGCCGAGCUGCAGAAUUCUCAAAACAGGAUUCUUAGGUAA